CAACUGGCCUUGGUUUUAACCCUUAGUGACCUGACCCCAUGCACUUAGCACCCUGAAUGUUAUUGCUGACCCUUGCAAUGUCUUUCCCUUCCCCGCCCCGUCCCUUUGGGUUGCUGACUUGAUUGGUGCACAGGAGACGCCUUCCCCUUAUCCUGGGACCUGCUGUGCUGGCUGGUUUCCUGUUUGCCUUCUGUGCACCCCCUGCACCCCUCCCCCCUUCACAGAGAACCCCCUCCCACCCUCUACUGCUCUGUGAUGGCUGCCAGCUGUUUCCCAUUAGAGAGCAGGCAGCAGAGGAAGGGAGGACAGGCUGUUCCUCACGUCUCCCUGUGUUUGCGUCUGGCUCUGAUCUACCUUUGUAAGUGAACUAGAUCAGUAGACAGCAGGGCUCUGAGCCCUCCCCGCAGUGGGCUAGCUCCCCAUGCACAAACCACCAUCCCAAUGGGGUUUGCCCUAUAGGUGCCCCCCACUGGAGGUGGAUAAGGGCGGUCAGGAAGGCCAAGGGAUAGAGGCUGCCGAGGCUGCCAGCAAGCUACGGGUGGGGGUCGAACCAGUCCUGUGUAUCUAAGGGUCCGUGUUCACUGCAGAGGUAAUUCAGGGGGUCAAUAACCGGAUGUGAGCAGCCCCCCAACAAAGCCCUAUCCGAGUUACCGCUCUGAUUCCUUCCCCAUGAAUUGUGGGAGUGCUUGUCCGCUCUUCUGGGCGCACAGGGGAAUUGUGGGAAAGCAUUGGAAGACUAUCAGCACUCGAAUGGUUUAGCCUGUGUCCUCACUGCAAAGUCAGCAGGCUGAGUGGAAAUGGAUCCUAAGCACUAACCCACACCCCCAGCCGGGCCCCGUUAGCACCACCAAGUUCAGCUGAGAAGGUUUUGGGAGGGGGGAUGGGGCAGCUCCUGGGUAGGAGCCUGGGCUAAUUGCAGUGAAGAAAGACCCUGAAAGCGUGAACCUCUGCUGCCCGAGCAUGGAAGCAACAGCAGCGUCCUAAACCUCUAUGUGGGCCGGCCAGAAGAGGGGGUAGAGAGUCCGGCUCUGCCUGCCAGGGUUACCCCAACCCGGGAGCUCGUGGCUGUGAGCGGAACCCGGUUCCAGGGAGGAAUUGGGCUGAGAACCUCCAGCUCGUUUCACGCAUCCCUCUCUUCACGGGUGCAUGCUGGGAAGCGAAGAGCUGUGGCAUAAACCCUGCGAGAGCUCCAGUGGAGGAGAGAGAUGGCGACCCACAUGGCGGGUGUGGGGGUGACUGUACCGCUUCAUUCGUGUCUUGAGCCAGUCCUGAUGCCGAUGCUUAGGGCAGAGUGGAAUCCGGCUUGCUUUUUCAUCCGCUGUGUUGGCGGGAUCAGGCCUGCUGAUCCAAACGCCUACAUGGGAGGGCCACGUUUCCUGGUACUGCUGAGGGGAGUGAAACCAGCUGAGCCAGCGAGAACUGUGCCGAAACUGCCGUGCGUUAAAACUUCAACAGGACACGGCUCGGUAUGUUGCUGUCCCCUCUGCUCUGUACCAUUGCCCAGAGCGGAUCUGUCUGCUGUUUCUCCCCCCAUCCCGCCCCCCACUGCAGCUGGAAAUCAGAUAUCAGCAGAGAGAGAGAGAAGCGAUUAGAGAGGUCCAUGGCUGUGGAGUGACGCCUGAGGGAUCGAGAGCGCACGCGAGCGGGGGGGGCCUCUGCCUGUGAAGGAUGCUGAAGAAGAGCAGCCUGGUCCUCUGGGGCGUGGUGCUGUUUGUGGCCUGGAACGCCCUGCUCCUUUUCUUCCUGUGGACCCGGCCCCCGGCCUUCGACGACCAUAGCCACUUGACCGAGGAGGUCAUCCGGCUGGCCCAGGACGCUGAGCUGGAGCUGGAGCACCAGAAGGACCUGCUGCGGCAGAUCCACCGGUACAGCGCCCUCUGGAGCAAGAAGAGGAAGAAGGUGGAGGAGGCGGGUCGGCUCCCGCCGCCCGCUGCCGCCUCCAACGCUGGGGCUUUGCCCGCCACGGAGGCCGUCCCGCACCGGCCCCGGGCCUCCCCGGCCGCGGUCCUGCCUGUGGUGGUGAUCGCCUGUGACCGCAGCACGGUGCGCCGGUGCCUUGACAAGCUGCUGCACUACCGGCCGUCCCGGGAGCGCUUCCCCAUCAUUGUGAGCCAGGACUGCGGGCACGAGGAGACGGCGCGGGUCAUCGCAUCCUAUGGCGAGGCGGUGAUGCACAUCAAGCAGCCGGACCUGAGCGACAUCGCGGUGCCCACGGACCACCGCAAGUUCCAGGGCUACUACAAGAUCGCCCGGCACUACCGCUGGGCCCUGAGCCAGGUUUUCCGCACCUUCCAGUACCAGGCGGCCAUUGUGGUAGAGGACGACCUGGAAGUGGCUCCAGAUUUCUUCGAGUACUUCCAGGCGGCCUUCCCGCUCCUGUUGGCCGACCCCAGCCUCUGGUGCGUCUCGGCCUGGAAUGAUAACGGCAAGGAGCAGAUGGUGGAGGCUGGCCGGCCGGAGCUGCUCUACCGUACGGACUUCUUCCCCGGCCUGGGUUGGCUGCUGCUGUCAGAGCUGUGGGACGAGCUGGAGCCCAAGUGGCCCAGGGCCUUCUGGGAUGACUGGAUGAGGCAGCCGGAGCAGCGGCGCAGCCGUUCCUGCAUUAGGCCCGAGGUCUCCCGCACCAUGACCUUCGGCCGCAAGGGCGUGAGCCAUGGGCAGUUCUUCGACCAAUACCUGAAGUUCAUCAAGCUCAACGACCGCUUCGUGCCUUUCACCCAGCUGGACCUCUCCUACCUCAAGAAGGAGGAGUACGAGCGCUCAUUCCUGCCCAAGGUCUACGGCGCCCCUGAGCUGCGGGUGGAGGAGCUGCAGGGCAACCAGCGCCGGGAACUGGGCACCGUCCGCGUGCAAUACAGCAGCCGCGACUCCUUCAAGGCCUUUGCCAAGGCCCUGGGUGUUAUGGAUGAUCUCAAGUCAGGGGUGCCCCGCGCCGGCUACCGCGGCAUCGUCAGCUUUCUCUACCGUGGCCGGCGGGUCUACCUGGCGCCCCCUUCUGACUGGACGGGCUAUGACCCCAGUUGGAGUUAGCACUGUCUCUCCCCAGACAUUGACCCUUGAGCAUGUUGGACCCAUAAAGAUCAUGGAGCGGGUGGGUGGGGUGUGUGUGUGUGUGUGUGUGUGGGACUCAGACCUUGUAUUUUUGUUUUCUGAGUGGCAUUCGAGUGCAUUCGGGGGAGGGGCGGUGUGUGUGUUUGUGCACUUAAUACUGGGGUUGAGGGGCUGGAUUAUUGUGACGCCCCGAUGUGGGGGGCAGGGGACUGGGAUGGGGCAUGCUGAGGCUUUCCUCACUGCCCUUCCCCUCCAUCCCCCCCAGUGCCUAUCCCCUUUCUGACAUUGUGAUCUCCUCUCUACUGCGUCCCUGAAGGUUUCUCCAUGGUAGGUGAGUGGGGUCAGAGCCAAUGCUGAACCGAACUGACCAAUCAGUGGCUACUUUCCCAGCCUCUGUGAGCUGCGGGGGAAGAAUGGAGAGAGGACAGUGACCACGUCAGCCUGGGAGGGACUAAUGGAGAUGCCAGGACCUGCUUAGGACCUUUGGCAGUUCCCACCUCACCAUCCUUAGUUGGGGGCAGGGGUCACCUCUGGCUAUAGCUGGGAGGGAGCGUUGGAGAUGACGUGGUGCCCUUGAUGGUCCUCAAGAGCCCAUCAUUCGCUGUAGGGGAGCUGGCCAGGGGCAGGGAUCUUUAUGUCCAUGAUGACCUCUUUGGUGUCUCCAUGGGACCAUCUCUAGCAAGGCUCGAGCAUCAGAACUUUCUCGCCCUUUGACCUGCUCAGUGGUCUCCGAGCAGCCCUCUGGGUCUGGGAGGUGUGAGGAGUUGUCCUGGCUUCCCUCUAUCCAGCAACGUAACGUCCCCACAACGUUCCUCUGCUUGCAGUGGGCGUUCCACCACGGUGGUCCCUUCCCUUUGUCCUUCAUCGCUGCUUUUCUACACUGUGCGCCGAAGAAGUUUGUUACGGAGCCGGGGCUCUGCAAUCCGGUUUGUGUUACUCUCCCUGGUGAGGAAGGGAGAGACCCGAGCUUGCGGCCUGCCUUAAUCCUCAGUGGGGGCCUCCAUCUUUUCCUGGGUUGAAGUUUGGUUCAAAGUUGGCUCAGUCCCUGCCGGAUGGUGGCUGAUUCCCCUGCUGCCAUGGUCAUGGUGGUCAUGAUUCCCUUGCUACAUAGUUGGUGUAGCAAUGGGGAGAGACAUGAGAUAUCACCAUGAAGGAAAACCACAGGGGUGGUGGGAUACAAGAGAAGGGGCUCUCUGACAAUGAGCCCUGCCUUAUCUGUGGGGGUAGACCCCCCUCUCCAGUCUCCUAAGAGGUGCUGCUGAGCUGUUCAAGAGCCAGUUUGGGGAGGGAGAGUUACAGUUCAGACCUUAUUUGGCCAAAAUGUAGACCACACCAAAGGGUAACUUUUCCCCCACUGUAUUAUUUUGCUGUAUUGUUCUGUUUUUGUUUUAAAUCCCCUUAUCUUCCCCCGUCUGGGAGGUGAGCCAGGGGAGGAGGGAAACCAAACCGCCCAUUGGCAUUCUACAUCACCCAUGAAAUUGCUUGGUGCCCUAGGGCAAGUUUGGCAAAGGAUGGGUGGGUGCAGAAGCUUCCCUGCGAUCCAAACCCUGUUGGUGAGGUCAGGCAGAGAGGAGCUCCCAUGUCAACAGCCAAGAAGGAGAUGGUUGUUCCAAGAGUGUAUUAAAGGGUCUGAAAAUGUCCUGUCUCCAAAGUGCCCCUUCCCUCCCAGCUCUGGUAAGCAAUAUCCAGAGCGCUGGGGGCUUUCUCAGAGUAAGGGUGCUUCAGUGUGUGUGUGUGUGUGUAACUUUCCUCCCCUCCUUGGGCCAGGAUGGGGGGAAUCUAUCGGAAGGAAGAAUCUCUGGGAGAGGGAGGUCCAUUUGUAGGCAGGAACUUCAGUGGGAUCCAGGCAGCUCUUCAGGAAGCCAUCCAGGUUGGGUUGGAUCCCUGCCAUUCUCCUGGGCAGGAACUGGGAGCUGGGCAGGCUCUUCCAUCACACCCUGCCUGCGGCAAAAGUCCCACCCUGUUCCGUUUGCUCUGGGCUGUGCCGCCCUCACCACACGUGGCUCCAAGGUAGGGCUUUCUGCCCCAUGCUGCCAAGAAGCCUUUAGACUCUGGUUGACUUCAAGGUGAGGAAGUCGAUCCAGCGAAACGAAGCCCGACUACGUUGUGGCUGAUGGAGCUCUCCUUGUGAGCCCUCCCUGUUCCUGUCCGAAGCAAUGUGAGGUUCUGGUGGAGGGAGUUUUUCCUCUGUGGGUUUGCAAGAGAGGAGUAGAUACGACCACCUGGGGUGCUCUUACCCUCUUGGAGAGGAUCCCAUACUCUGUCCCCUACCCCCAAACACUGAGGGUGCCUGGGAAGCCAGCUGCUCUGUUCAGCCUCAGAUGGAGCAGGGUCUGCACUGAGGGGAGUUGGGAUUGAAGCCCACCCUUUGUUCAAGGAGGUUGAUUAAAACCAGUUUCCUUUCCCGUAGUGGUUGCUCCCUCUACCACGGGGGUUGGGAUUAGUCCACUAUUACCCUCUCUGCCUGCUGCCCCCUUCCCUGGGGAGGGGGGUGGUGAGAGGUAGAACCACAUGCCUGGACCAGUCUUGAAGCCAUUCUCAGUGGCAGGGGAGGAGGGGAGGAAGGAAUUUUGAGCAGGGGGGCUGUGGGGAGGGAGGGAGAGAUGCUGUUUUUAUGUCCAAACGUCAUUCUGCGAAAGCGAACUUUAAGGUGCAGAAACUAUUUUCCAGAAUAAAAUAAAAGCCAGACCUUU